CUGCAUAAUUGCCAUCCCAUUCCAAAUCUAUUCUACUCUCUGCAAAUCUCUGAUCACUUCAAAAAUGGCAGCCGAUUCGCUUGGAACAGAGCUCCCCGUGAAGGCUUUUGGAUGGGCGGCGAGGGACACCUCCGGAGCUCUUUCCCCUUUCAACUUCUCCAGAAGGGAAACAGGGGAGAAGGAUGUUCAAUUCAAGGUUUUGUAUUGUGGAAUUUGCCACUCAGAUCUUCACCAGCUUAAGAACGACUGGGGCUUCACUACGUACCCCAUUGUCCCCGGGCACGAAAUUGUUGGGGUUGUGACUGAAGUAGGGAGCAAGGUUGAGAGCUUUAAGGUGGGAGACAAGGUUGGGGUGGGGUGUCUGGUCGGAUCCUGCCGCGAUUGUGAAAACUGUGCAAGCGAUCUAGAAAACUACUGUCCUAGAGGUGUAACAACUUACAAUGCUAUAGGAACCACCACGUACGGUGGUUACUCUGACAUCAUGGUGGCAGACGAGCACUUCAUUCUCAAAUGGCCUGAAAAGUUGCCUAUGGAGGCAGCUCCCCUGCUGUGCGCCGGGAUCACAACUUACAGCCCAUUGAAAUACUUCGGACUGGACAAGCCAGGAAUGAACAUCGGAGUUGUGGGCCUGGGUGGUCUUGGCCAUAUGGCUGUCAAGUACGCCAAGGCUUUUGGUUCCAAGGUGACUGUCAUCAGCACCUCUGCUGGUAAAAAGCAAGAGGCCAUUGAACGUUUUGGUGCCGAUUCCUUCUUGAUCAGCCGUGACCAUGAAGAAAUGCAGGCUGCAGCAAGCACACUUGAUGGGAUAAUAGACACAGUUUCUGCGGUUCAUCCUCUUAUGCCACUACUAAGCUUGUUGAAGACUAAUGGAAAGCUUGUAUUGGUUGGCGUCCCAGAGAAACCCUUUGAGUUGCCCGCAUUUCCCUUGAUCAUGGGCCGGAAACUGGUUGCUGGAAGUUGUAUUGGAGGAAUAAAAGAGACUCAAGAAAUGCUCGACUUCUCUGCGAAGCAUAACAUCACGCCGGAUGUUGAGAUUGUGGCGAUGGACUAUGUCAACACCGCCAUGGAACGCCUGGCCAAAGCAGACGUGAAAUACAGAUUCGUAUUGGACAUUGGCAAAACACUAAAAUCUGAUUGAAGAGUAUGGUUUUCAAAUGUAUGUCUCUGGCGGCCGAUUUAGCUCUGUUUUAAGUUUGAGGUCAUUGGAAGAUGAGUACGCUGUGUUUUCCAAGUGUUGAAGAUCUGAGUCGUUUUCUUUAAUUGUUGUUUUCAUGUUUCUUUUAUACUUCGAUGUAUUGUGUCUGAAUUUGUCUAGUUUGACCAAAUUUGAUCUUUUGCGGUCAAAUUAAAUGAAUUUUUAUUACCAAUAAAAUAAAGAUUACAUU